GCAAACACGUCAUUCAUUUCAUUUUUACGAAAGAGGAUGAUCGCGGUGGUCUUGCAAAAUUUUUUAUAAUUUUUCUUUAAGUGGUGCAGUGAGUGAACUAGUGUAUAUAUUGUUAUCGCUACAAUAGAAAGUUACAACAGCAAUCAUGUUUAGCUGGCUUAAGAAAGAAGGCGAAAAAACUGAAAGUAUAGAAAAUGUCGUGGAGGGUCUCAAAAGAAUUUAUAAAACGAAACUUUUGCCGCUCGAGUUGCACUAUCAGUUUCACGAUUUUCACUCUCCACAGCUUGAAGAACCCGACUUUGAUGCGAAGCCGAUGAUUCUUCUCGUAGGCCAGUACUCGACUGGUAAAACUACGUUUAUUAAAUAUCUCUUGGAGAGAGAUUUUCCUGGUAUUCGUAUCGGGCCUGAACCUACAACAGAUCGGUUUAUCGCCGUAAUGUUUGAUGAAAAAGAAGGCAUGAUACCUGGAAAUGCGCUUGUCGUAGACCCAAAAAAACAGUUUCGUCCUUUGAGUAAAUUUGGAAACGCCUUUCUCAAUAGAUUCCAAUGUUCGACUGUAAAUUCGCCGGUUCUUCGGGGAAUUUCUAUCGUCGAUACUCCUGGUAUUCUAUCGGGGGAGAAACAACGCGUUGAUAGAGGAUACGACUUUACCGGUGUGCUAGAGUGGUUCGCGGAACGCGUCGAUCGUAUCAUAUUGUUGUUUGACGCCCACAAACUCGACAUCUCGGAUGAGUUCAGGCGCAGUAUCGAAGCUCUGAGGGGCCACGACGACAAAAUUCGUAUCGUUCUAAACAAAGCCGACAUGAUCGACCAUCAGCAACUAAUGCGUGUGUAUGGUGCUCUGAUGUGGUCGCUGGGUAAGGUGCUGCAAACACCUGAGGUAGCGCGCGUGUAUAUAGGAUCCUUCUGGGAUCAGCCUCUCCGCUAUGACGUCAAUAGACGGCUCUUUGAAGAUGAGGAACAAGACCUCUUCAGAGAUAUGCAGUCACUACCUCGAAAUGCUGCAUUACGUAAAUUAAAUGACUUGAUUAAAAGGGCACGCCUCGCUAAAGUACAUGCAUACAUAGUUAGUGAGUUGAGAAAAGAAAUGCCCUCAAUGUUUGGCAAGGACGGCAAAAAGAAAGAUUUAAUUAAAAAUUUAGGUCAAGUCUAUGAUAGGAUUCAAAGAGAAAUGCAGAUUUCUCCUGGUGACUUCCCUGAUAUCAAAAAAAUGCAAGAAACAUUAGCAAAUCAUGAUUUCACCAAAUUCCAUCCAUUGAAACCAAAAUUACUAGAAGUGGUGGACAACAUGCUGGCCACAGACAUCGCCCACCUCAUGGACAUGAUCCCACAGGAAGAUAUCAAUAUUGUUGCUGAGCCUCUCAUCAAAGGGGAGCCCGGCGACCCGCUGACGGCCGCGCUGGAACGCCUGCAUGUCAAACGUGGCUUCCUGGAAGGUGGUGCUUUCGAAGGCGUAGAAGAUCAAGUGUCACCAUUCGGGUAUGGACGUGGCGAGGGCGUGGACGCCGGUCACGGUGACCCAGAGUGGAUCUGCAGCAAGGAGAAGCCGCAUUACGACCAGAUAUUCCAGGGGCUCAACCCUUGCGACGGAAAAGUCACCGGAGCCGCGGCCAAGACUGAAAUGGUGAAGUCGAAACUACCGAACUCAGUGCUCGGUAAGAUCUGGAAACUGUCUGACAUCGACAAGGACGGGUUCCUGGACGACGAGGAGUUCGCUCUGGCGAUGCAUCUCAUCCGCGUUAAGAUCGACGGACACGACCUCCCCUCCGAGCUGCCCCCCCACCUCAUCCCUCCCUCCAAACGCAACUGAAGUCUGGACCUGAAACUUCGACUACGCGCAAAAAUCGUCAUAGGCUAGCAUCGUCCGACCUCUGCUUCAUAUAGAAAGUGAAGGUUUCAUCGAGCCGUUUCAUGUUUCCAUGAAAAACUGUAUAGAAUUUUUCUUUUUCAAAUAUAACAUUUGGUAUUAUUUGUAUGGACGGCAUGGACCAUCGACCAUCGUGUGCUUUACCUUCUAGUUCGUAAGAUAAGUUUUAGCUUCCUUCCGUUUCCGACGCGAGUUAGAAUGCAAUUCACCCUCACUAGCGGUCACAGCCUGUGUGUUGGAGGGGGGCCCAGCGGCUCGGGACGGCCCUCGGUGCGAACGGAGAUCCUGUUCGUUCUACUUCUUCAAAAAUUAUUCUUACGAGAUAUGUAUACAGUUAUGCUAAUUUAAAUCUUAAAUUGUUGUUACAUUUUUAAUAUUUAGCUUUACGACUUAAUUUAUUGUUGAGGCGAGACUCGUUUGGUGCUUCAGAGUUUGAUUUCUUAUACACGAUAUAUCGAAAAUAAUUUGUCCUCGUAUUUUAAGUACAUUUCUUUAAAUAAUAAAUUAUUAUUAUUCAUAUAAAUUUAUUUAGAUCACGUAUUAUGUUAUGCAUGCUUUUUCAUUGACAUUUUAUUUAAAAGAUUAUACAGUAAGUUAUUCCUAUUAGCGGUUUCCUGGCUUCAUAAAACUGAUCAUUAUUUUUAUAUUGUAGAUAGACUUAUUCAAUAUUAUUAUGCAAAAUUCACCAUAAAAUCCUACCUUACUUUCAAUAUUCUUUGUACUUAGUUCACGUAGGCCUGUCUGUUACAAGCUGGUACCUUGUUCUAGCAUUUUUAUGCAGCAUUUAUUUGGAACUCUAGACUUCAUCGUUCAGUGCCUUCGAUAUGUUUAAGAAAUGUUUGGCUUUGUAGCUUUUAUUGCAGGACCGGGACUGGGACGUUAUCAUAUAGGGACGUCACCGUAAUACUGUCGAGGUGAUCAAUAUGUAAAUAUGGAAUUUUCGAAGCAUUACAUUUUUGGAAUGUACUUUACUGCGUCUCUCGCAGUUCGGCCGCGCCCCGCCGUCGCGAGGGCCGCGGGACUGCGGGUGACGUCUUAUUUUUACAUUUGCUACUGUGUGUAUAUAAACAUGAAUGAAUAAUAUGUACAUGUAUUUAUCGUAAAUUAUACACAGAGUGUAAUAAAUAGUUAAGAAAAUUC